AUGGCUUUUGAUCCCUAUGACACCAGUGUACCCAGCACCCCCAUCCAACUUCAAUUUCAUUUUACCUGCCCACUCCUUAUCAUCCGUGCAACCACCCCAGCGUCCACUAUGGGAGACUCAUUGCCAGAUCUUACCUUAUCAUCCAGUCCAAUGCCGGAAACUCCCAUUACCUCAUGGAGGAAACAGAUGUACAGUACAUCCACGUCUGGCCUCAUGACACCCCCUCGCCUUCGCUUCCGCAGUACAUCUGCUAUUGCCACCCCAUUACCGUCUUUGCCCCCUUCCCGCUGCUGGAACAGCUCAGGUUUUGGCACCACCAGUAUCCUCUCCACUGUUGAGGUUGCCCAGGUUUCAGAACAGCUGGCGCUCCUCCCUUCUGAUGUUGGUAGUGCAUCGGGCUCCGCUGUGCAAGCCGAUGACGUAGUUGUUCCUGCUGUUAGGAAGACAAAGUGCAUACGCCAGCAGAUGACACGUUUGGCACAGGCUGAUAGCAUAGGUGGCUGUUCUCAAAAGAGGAGGAGAAAGGCUAUGUGA